AUGACACUCCUAACCAUCCUAACCCCCCUCCACUUCCUCUCCUUCCUCUUCUCCCCAACCUUCUGGGCAAAAACAGGCUUCUUCAUCUCUUACAUUGCUACUUUCCUGCUUGUGCUGGAGGUGGUGAGGCUGGCGAGCUCGGAUGCGAAGAGGAAGGAGGUGGAGAGGUUGAUUGAUGUUUAUGCUGCUGAGAGAAGUGAGGUGGAUGGGCAGAGGAUGAGGGAGGGGGGUGUGGGGGUUAAGGGGAUGAUGGAGGGGCAGAGGAGGGAGGAGGUGGACAUGGACAUGGACGGGAUAGAGGCAGAUGAGGAUAGGGAGGAAGUGCGAGUAUCUAUUGAACAACUACAAGAGAUGGAAAGAAUGAGUGUCGUUACCUCCAGUGCAAUGGAGAAAACAUCCAUCGACACGCUAGAGGAGAUGGAGAGGAGGAGUACAGCAUCAUCUUCCUUCUCCAACCCGCACCUCCCCCAAAACAUCACCCACUACUACACAAAAUCCAUCCCACCACCACCACCACCACCACCAACCCACCCACAAACAACAAGACCACACACCCCCAGCCCACCCACCACACGCCGACGCCGCAUAACAACACCACCAACCGACCAAACAGAAGAAAAACGACGCAAACGCACUUCUUCAUCACCUAAACCCAUCUCCACACGCACAUCAUCUAAUUCUCCCCGCAGACUGAGGAAGAGGAGUGAUACGCUGACUUCCUCUUCGUCUAUGGGUGUAGAGGGUGCGGUAAGGAGGAAGAGGGUGGGGGAGGAGAAGGUGGAGAAGGUGGAGAGGGGGGGAGAUGGGGGGAGGGUGAAGGAGAAGAGGGUAUUGAGGGAGAGGAGUAGGAGUAAAGAGGCGAAGGCGAAAGUGGUGGGAUCGGGGUUUGGGAGGAUGUUUAGGGGGAGGGUUUAG